AAAUUUUACCUCAAAAUACGAUUUUAUUGAUCCAACUUCAGAGAAUUUACGUUAAUACCCUCCUCCUAUAAUUUUUUUAUAAUAUCACUUGUAAAUAAACAAAAGGUAUGGUAAAUUUGAUGGAUACUUUGAUGAUUAAUACGGUGACGGACGGAGCUAUGUCAUUCUUGCGCCAUAUCGGCGUGUUUAAGUCCAAGACUGUAGAGGCUCCACCAGUAACCAUUAUAGUAAAGAUGCCUCUGUGGGAGUUGGCGCAAGAAGCUGGGCCGUUCGUGCGGCUCGCCGGCCUGAGCGGCGCUUCCGCCGUUGUGCUGGGAGCUAUGGGUGCCCAUCGCACUUUCCCAGAAACUGAUACCAAAGAAGAUCUGAGGAAAAUAUUUGAUACUGCUAAUCGGUUCCAUUUUCUGCAUACUUUGGCACUAAUGACAGUGCCACUGUGCAAAAGACCUUUCAUUGCUGGAGCAUUCUUCAUGGCAGGGAUGGGGUUAUUCUGUGGAACUUGUUACUACCAUGCGUUCACUGGAGACCGCAGUUUGCGUAGACUCACACCGAUUGGGGGUUCGUGCCUCAUACUUGGCUGGAUAGCAAUGGUAUUUUAAGAAUAAUAGAAUGUCUUAUGUAAUUAUUAUCAGUCAUGUGUAUUUUAUCACUUCAUUUAUAUUAGUAUCAAUUAUAUGAUAAAUAUCCAUUAAUAAGUAUGGAUAUUUUAUAAGAGAACUGCAUGUUUUUUAGGAAUUACUAGACCAAAACCAUUUUACUAUGUUAUUAGCUUAUCCUAUUUGAACCAGUCUCUGUUCUGUUCUUCCAUUCCAACUUGUGUAGUAGAUAAUGUUUACUGGUUAAAUAAGAUAGAAGUGUUUAUUUUACAUUUAUGUAUAUUUUUUUCCUUACUAUUUUCCAUCACUUUGUAGAUUCACAAAAUGUUUUCAGAGACAGCAGCCAAGUUAUAAUCAGAUUAAGCUAUAAUCAAUGGGCUGUAUCUGAUUAUAGUUUUAAAUAUUCAAGAGAAGGUCUGCUCAGUGUAAUUAAUUCCAUCUGUAACACAUUACACUAUUUUGCCGUCUAAAAAUAGAGACAUAAGUCAUUGUUAAAAGUAGGUUCAAAUAUAUGUUUAAUUGUCUACAAGAA